CCAACGCCUGCGCAAAAACGCUCUUGAACAAGUUCUGUCUUUCCUUCCGGCUCCGGUCCCCUAGCAAGUUGUAAGAUGCUGAUGCCCAAGAAGAACCGUAUUGCGAUCUAUGAGCUCCUCUUCAAAGAGGGCGUCAUGGUGGCAAAGAAAGAUGUGCAUCUGCCUAAGCACCCCGAGCUUGCCGACAAGAACGUGCCCAAUCUUCAUGUGAUGAAAGCAAUGCUGUCCUUGAAGUCACUUGGGUAUGUUAAGGAGCAAUUUGCCUGGCGCCAUUUUUACUGGUACCUCACCAAUGAAGGUAUCCAGUACCUGAGAGACUUCCUGCACCUUCCACCUGAGAUUGUUCCUGCCACUCUGCGCCGCCAGAUGCGUCCUGAGACUGCAAGGCCCAGGCCCAAGGGUAUGGAGGGAGAGCGGGGAGAGAGACCCGCCCGCUUCAACCGUGAUGGGGGUGACCGAGACAAUUACAGGAGAUCUGCUGCACCACCUGGUGGAGACAAGAAAGCAGAGGCAGGUGCUGGUUCAGCUACAGAGUUCCAAUUCAGGGGUGGAUUUGGACGUGGCAGAGGACAGCAGCCUCCUCAGGAGUAAAUUUCUAUCCAUUUCUUUACAAUAAACACACAAAAUGCAGCUCUGUCCUUUUUCUUUGUCAGUGCUUUAGAUACUGGCCAUUCUGGAUUCAUGUAGUAUUUUUCCACAAUAUACAUUUACACUGUGUGGAAUGAGGAGUGUUAAUUCACACACUACAGUAAUUAUACUAACUAAAGCUUGGCAAAGGUUAUUCAAAGUGCAGUCUUUCAGUCAGGUGUUAAUCAACAAGUAUUAAAAGCAGAAUAAGCAGCUAGACAUGUGAUGGUUCAUAAAAGCAAAUUGAA